GAGUCUCUGGCCAGGCCGCCUCAAACGUUUCAGAGCUUUCUCUGCAAUCUGGAAGGAAAACUGCUAAACUAGAGGAGAAGCUGCCCCAGCUGAAGCCGCUCACAGCAGGUUUAUCUGCCGGGGCUCGAGGGGCCGGGAGCUGCUGGAAUGAGUGGCCCCCAAGGCUGGAGCCAGCAGCCUCUGUCUGCUGCUCUGGACUCACAGUCAGCCCUCCAAGGCAAUCCUGAGUGGUGCACAUCUUGACAAAGUCUCCUGGCAACGUUUUCUGCGGGGCUGGAUGACAGCAGAAGCCGCCAGGUAAAUCGAUGAGCCCGUAAAGAGGCGGAAUCGGGCCGCACGAUGGGUCAGAAGGUCACAGGUGGGAUAAAGACUGUAGAUAUGAGGGACCCUGUGUACAGGCCACUGAAACAGGAGCUCCAGGGCCUGGACUACAGCAAACCCACCCGGCUGGACCUGCUGCUGGACAUGCCCCCGGUGUCCUACGAGGUGCAGUUGCUGCAUUCGUGGAACAACGACGACCGCUCGCUGAACGUGUUUGUGAAAGAGGACGACAAACUGAUAUUUCACCGGCAUCCGGUGGCCCAGAGCACAGAUGCCAUCAGGGGCAAGGUGGGCUACACGCGGGGCCUGCACGUGUGGCAGAUCACGUGGGCCAUGCGCCAGCGGGGCACCCACGCCGUGGUCGGGGUGGCCACUGCAGAGGCCCCCCUGCACUCCGUGGGCUACACAACCCUCGUGGGCAACAACCACGAGUCCUGGGGCUGGGACCUGGGGCGCAACAGACUCUACCACGACGGCAAGAACCAGCCCAGCAAAACCUACCCCGCCUUCCUAGAGCCGGACGAGACUUUCAUCGUGCCCGACUCCUUCCUGGUGGUUCUGGACAUGGACGAUGGCACGCUGAGCUUCAUCGUGGAUGGGCAGUACAUGGGGGUCGCCUUUCGAGGACUCAAGGGGAAAAAACUCUACCCAGUGGUGAGCGCCGUGUGGGGCCACUGUGAAAUUCGGAUGUGCUACUUGAACGGGCUCGACCCUGAACCACUGCCUCUGAUGGACUUGUGCCGGCGAGCCGUGAGGCUUGCCCUGGGCAAGGACAGACUGACUGAGAUCCCCACCCUGCCCCUGCCAGCCUCCCUCAAGAGUUACCUGCUCUACCAAUGACCCUCGUGCUCCAGGACAGGUGGCACCAAGGCGGUGAUGGGCGCUCUCCACCCUCGUGUCGGCCCCGUCGCUGCAGCUCCCUGGCCAAAGGAUUCCUGCCACAGCUUCAUCCUCCUGUGCCCUCACUGCGAGCUCUCCAGCAGCCCUUGUUCCUCUGCUUUGUUCCUCGGAAGCCACUUCCCCUGCACACUUACAAAAGGAACAUUUACAGAGGCUCUGUGCCUGCCUGCUCCUGGGAAAAGGCUCUGCUGCCUCCCCCCGCUCCGAGGGCCUCGGGGGGGGAAUUCUUCUGUACCAGCUAAAGGGAAGAGUGAUCAUUAAAGAACAAUAAUAAGAAUAAAAGUAAGAAUAAACACAUAAUUUGGGGAAAGAGGAAGCAUUAAGAAUAGGAAUGUUAAGACCAGGUCCUAAGAUAGGAAAGGCUCAGGAUGGCCAGCAGAGUUGCAAAGAGUCUGGAAUACCUUAAAGAAUUAACUAAUGAGUUUUUAAAAGCCAAAAAAUAAAAAGUACAACCCCAAACCCUGAAACACCAAAACCAAGAGCCCUUCCAGCAGGACACUCCUAGUUUGGAGGAGGUGGUUAUGUUGCUGAUGUCUGUAUCUGUGCUGGGACAUCUCACCUUGCUCUGUUGCUGUUCCACAGGCUGACUCCUGCUUUCUUGUUUGUCACCAUUGCUUGUCCUGCUCCAUCCUCUGCUCUGCCUCCUCCUGGUGGGUUUGGCUCAGUUGAUUUUGCAGUCAGGCUGUCUUUAACAUCUCCUUCCUGACUGAGAGCUGCAGCUGUUGCUCUGGGGUUCCUGGCUGCUGUGGGAACAGGGAAGGAUGAGCUUGUGCCAUAGGCUGGGACCAUCUCUAUGGGCUUUGUCCCCCAGCGCAGGUCCUGUCCCCUGAGCUCUGCCCCCUGCUCCGUGCCCAGGCUUUAGAGAAACUAACAUUCCUCUCAUGGUACUGCCAGGGAAUUCUCUUCUUGGAUAAACUGCUUAAAUUCAUCCAGACCAGGCUUGGUUCUGUCACAGACCAACUUCAUCUGCUCUAAACUCUGCAGCAGGAAUGGUUCUGUGCCCUGCCGGGGUGGGAGGGUGUCCCACAGGAGUGUGGCUGCACAAGUGCCACCAGCAGGUGAGCCCAGGAGGGGACUGCUGCAGGGAGAGCUUGGGAGGGUUAAACAGAGCCCAGGGGGAUCUUCAGGCACAGCAAGAGGAAACUGAACCUCUGCAGAGCUGGGGAGCAGGAGGGAGCUGCAAUAACCGGGACGAGCAAUUCAGGCAAAAUCAGCACAUCCCAAAUAGAUCCUCAGUAGCCAAGUAAAGAGGAUGACACUCCUUUAUUAGCAGGAGCUGCUCUCUUGACCUCUCCACAGGUUACUAUGCUGCCUUUCUGGGGUUAUUUUGCACAUUUUGUGGUUUUUUUUCUUGAAAAAAUGUUUGUGUGAUUGUGGUUUUGUUUUGUUGGUUUUUUGGUUGUUUUUUUGUUUUGGUUUUUUUUUUGCUUUCGAGUUAUUCCUUCAGUUUUGUGUAGGUACAAAUGAGUUUAGUUGUUGAAAAUGUUAAUAUAUAUAUUUGUGGUGUAUGUAUAAGAACAUGUUUUAAACAGCUGCUGUAGGGUACCUUUUUGAAAAUAAACUACUUGCAUAGUAUAUUUUUUAAAGCACAGAGUUGGUGCCAAGACUGGGUGGGGUGUGAUGUGCCCCUUUUUUAAUCUAAUAUUAUAUGACUUUUUUUUCAACAUAGGGGUUUGUACUAGUUUCUGUUGCAGGGUGGGACACAAAAUUCAGUGUGUGUGGAGCCCUACUUGGUUGCCUUCAACUUGAACCAGUGUCUUCCAGAACUCCAGGGAAGGAGCUGUGUUCUCCCUACUUCUAAUGCUCUUUGUGCUCCCUCAUUUCCAUUUCUCCUCACUUCACCAGGACAGUGCUUUGUACAGUUUAAAAUUCUUUCUAUUUUAUGACUGUAGAUAAUACUCAGUAACCUAAUAAACU